AUGGACCGCCGACCAAGCACGCCCACCCGUCCGCCAGAGUACUCGGGCAGCCUGCCAUCGUACCGCGAGGACGAUGAGUACACGCCUACUGGCCAUAAUGCCGCAGCAGUCAGGCUCCUGACGUCGAUAGACGGCGAGUCUGGUCUCAGUGGCUUUAGUGAGGACACCCGAUCAACCAACUCGGACUUUGGCCAGAUCCCAAGCAUGCCUCCUCCCGACUCGACGUAUGUCCCCUUUGCGGGCCGCGACAACGUGGGCGGCUCACCACAGCGCCCCUGGACACCAUCCAGCAGAGUCUCGGACUACACACGACCACCAGCCACAAAUCUCUCCUACGAGCCAGCCGAUCUCAACGGAAGCCCUCGACCUGGUACACCAUCAUCGCGCUAUGGAGGCAGCCCUCGACGACCGCUACCUCCUGCGCCCCUGUUCAGCAACAACACGCAAGGCGCACGAGGCAGCCAGCAGACUUUUGCAGACGACGAUGACGUGGCCACCGUUUCUAUCCCCCUGACCGACACUGACGACGUCUUUGGGCCCGACCACUCGGACCUUGGUCGAUCUCGCCCCUUGCCGGGCACUCUUCCCGGUGAUCGCGCCUCGUACCUGUCUAGCGACCAGGAGACGCUGAGCGAGAUGCCAGAGACGUACGACAAGUUUGGCCAGUACGACAGCGCCCCAGAUGGCGCGCAGGAACGUCGCGGUGUCCGCGCGCCCAUCAUGUCGAGAAAGGAAGUCCAGCUCAUCAACGGUGAGCUGGUCCUCGAGUGCAAGAUCCCAACCAUUCUGUACAGUUUCUUGCCCCGACGCGACGAGGUCGAGUUUACGCACAUGCGCUACACAGCUGUUACCUGCGACCCAGACGACUUUGUCGAAAAGGGCUACAAGCUGCGACAGAGCAUUGGCCGCACAGCUCGCGAGACGGAGGUCUUCAUCUGCAUCACCAUGUACAACGAGGACGAGAUCGGCUUCACCCGCACCAUGCAUGCCGUCAUGAAGAACAUUUCACACUUUUGCUCACGCAACAAGUCCCGCACCUGGGGCGAAACGGGCUGGCAGAAGAUUGUCGUCUGUAUCAUCUCGGACGGUCGCGAGAAGAUUCACCCCCGUACUCUCGAUGCCCUAGCUGCCAUGGGCGUCUAUCAGGACGGCAUCGCCAAGAACUUUGUCAACAACCGCGCUGUCCAGGCGCACGUCUACGAGUACACCACGCAGGUGUCGCUCGACGCGGACCUCAAGUUCAAGGGCGCCGAGAAGGGAAUUGUGCCCUGUCAGAUGAUCUUUUGUCUCAAGGAGAAGAACUCGCGCAAGCUCAACUCGCAUCGUUGGUUCUUCAAUGCCUUUGGGAAAGCUCUCAACCCCAACGUGUGUAUCCUGUUGGACGUCGGUACCAGGCCCACCGGCAACUCCCUCUAUCACCUCUGGAAGGCCUUUGACACAGACUCGAAUGUCGCCGGCGCUUGUGGUGAGAUUAAAGCUAUGAAAGGCAAAAUGGGUACAAACUUGCUCAACCCGCUCGUCGCGUCGCAGAAUUUCGAGUACAAAAUGUCCAACAUCUUGGACAAACCCCUCGAGUCUGUCUUUGGGUACAUCACUGUCCUGCCCGGUGCGCUGAGUGCCUACCGCUACCACGCGCUGCAGAAUGAUGAGACUGGCCACGGUCCGCUCAGUCAAUACUUCAAGGGUGAGACGUUGCACGGACAGCACGCUGAUGUGUUCACGGCAAACAUGUAUCUCGCCGAAGAUCGUAUCCUCUGUUGGGAGCUGGUGACGAAGCGGAGCGAGCGAUGGGUGCUCAAGUACGUCAAGAACUGCAAGGGAGAGACCGAUGUCCCUGACACGGUUCCCGAGUUCAUCUCGCAGCGUCGUCGCUGGCUGAACGGUGCCUUCUUCGCCGCCGUAUACUCGCUCGUCCAGGUCCGCCAGAUCUGGUCGACGGAUCACACCAUCGCCCGCAAGGUCCUUCUCCACAUUGAAUCUGUCUAUCAGGCCAUCCAGCUUCUGUUCACCUACUUCUCUCUCGCCAACUUCUACCUCACCUUCUACUUUGUUGCCGGUGGUCUGACCGACAAGAAAGUCGAUCCGUUUGGUCACGGCAUCGGUCAGAUUAUCUUCAUCAUCCUCAAGUUUACCUGCACCCUGCUCAUCUGCGCGCAAUUCAUCCUGUCGCUCGGCAACAGACCGCAAGGAGCGCACAAGCUCUACUUUGCCAGUAUGAUCAUCUAUGCCAUCAUCAUGGUGUACACGACCUUUGCCAUCAUCUGGAUCGUCAUCAAUCAGCUCACACCGCAAGACGGCAAGGAGGCCGAGCUGCAACUGGGGAGCAACAUAUUCACCAACGUCAUCGUGUCCAUAUGCUCCACGCUCGGUCUAUACAUUGUCAUGUCGCUGAUCUACCUCGAGCCGUGGCACCUGAUCACGUCGUGGGCGCAGUACUUCUUGCUCCUACCCAGUUAUAUCUGCACACUUCAGGUGUACGCGUUCUGUAACACGCACGACGUCACAUGGGGCACCAAGGGUGACAACGUCAUCAGGACCGACCUCGGUGGUGCCAUUGGCAAGGGACAGACUGUGGAGCUAGAGAUGCCGAGUGAGCAGCUGGACAUUGACUCUGGAUACGACGAGGCCCUGCGCAACCUUCGCGAUCGUCUCGGCGUCCCUGUUCCCCUCCCGAGCGAGUCGCAGAUGCAAGAGGACUACUACAAGAGUGUGCGUACCUACAUGGUCCUCAUCUGGAUGAUCGCCAACGGCAUGCUGGCCAUGGGUGUGAGCGAGGCAUACGGGCACAAGGGCAUCGGCGAGAACUACUACCUCCGCUUCGUGCUGUGGGCCGUCGCGGGUCUGGCGCUGUUCCGUGCCAUCGGCAGCACGGCCUUUGCCAUCAUCAACGUUGUCAACAUUGUGGUCGAGGGACGCGUCCGGAUAAGUCUCAAGGUGCCCAGGUGGAUGGGCGGUGUGAGCGACAAGCUGAGCGGCGCUGUGAGUAGCGUGGGGAGCAGUCUGAAGAGCUGA